UUUUCAUUUAAACUCGAUGCUGAUAACAUCGCUAUAGAUUUACUAUAGAAGAACUACAAAAUAAAUCAGCAUUAGACAAGGCAUCAAGUAGUAGGAGUGAUACUAGACUAUUACUAUUACUGGAUCUAGUCUAGACCUUAGGAAUAAAUCCAACAAAACUCUCAACAUCAAACAAUGAUUUGCCAGAAAAUCGUGCCAUUAUUUUCUUUUGUCUGGAUUAUUUAUAUUUUUUUAUGUUGUAACAUAGGAUUUCUAGCUGCAGCUCCAAGUAACAGUAACAGUAUCUGUUUUACUAAUGGAAAUAACUAUGUGUUUUACAACAACCGCGUUCAGAUGUGUUGUAAAAACAAGGUGCAUAACCGUGUAACUGGAACUGAAUGUUGUGCUUUGGCAAAUGGAACAAGUGAAUUUUAUAAUAAACGGGAUUCAGUGUGCUGUGGAAAACAGAUUAAGGACCGCUAUUUUAAGUCUCAGUGUCCAGAAGGAAAAUCACACUGCACAAGAAAUGAAGCAACACUAGUAAAGUGCUCGCCAAAUGAUGUGAACUGCGAGGAACAUGACUGUUGUGGCAAGCAACUAUACAAUGUAGAACAUGAAAUCUGCUGCUCUGAUGACAUCCUUGAGCUGACAGAUCAACAAAAGCUAGAUCGAGACUACUUCUCUUGUUGUGGAAAACAUAAAUUAAUUGAUAUUCGCCAAGAAUUUUGUUGUGGCGAAGAACCAAGAAAACGAAAUCUAGAAACUGACUGUUGCGGGACAACAGUAUUUACACCAAAAACAGAAAAUUGUCUUACUAGGAUUGAUUCCGAAUAUCACCUGCACCAUUAUAUAACAAGCAAACACGAAUUACUUUGUGGAAAAGAAAUUUAUAACAUAAGGAAACAAGGAUGUUGUUCAGGUGUACUACAUUCAGUACCAGAAAUGUCUUCAUACAAUGUUCUUGAGGCUAAUCCAAAUUUUGGUUGCUGUGAUUCACAGUACAUGAAUCCAAAUACACACAUUUGCUGUAGGAAUCACCACCAUCCAAAUUUUGCAACUCACCCAAUUCCAAAAAGUUCAGAUUUCAAAUGCUGUGGAGAUAGUUACUACAACAUUACUUCAGAAGAUUGCAUUAAUGGGAAAGCAGAAAAAAUACAACCAGACACAUAUUUGUGUGGGGGAGUACACGUGGAUAUCAGGCUUGGCUGCUGUGGCUUUCAAGCCUACAACAAGAGCACAGAGCAGUGCUGUCAAGGCUUGUUCACCAGCAACAAAAUGAACUUCAAUGAAACAUGCUGUAAUGGAUACCCUAUAAAUGACACACAGUUAUGCUGUGAUGGUUUUAUGCCUGCUACAAAAUCCAACUCAGAAGACAAUGAAUGCUGCUUUAAUGAAUGGGAUAUUCCAGCAACUUUCAACAAAGUCAAUGGCCAACGUUGUAUUAAUGGGAAAAUACAUGAGGGCUAUGGACCUAGAAAUGAACCAUGUGGCCCAAAUGGCCAGUAUGAUCCUACAAGAGGAGAAAGCUGCUGUGAUAAUCAAAUAUGUAAAUCAAAAAGCAAGAAAAGUGAAGCAGAAGAAGAUGUUGUGUGUGAUGGAAAAUCUUUCAAGUAUGAGCCAGGAUUUAUAUGUUGUGGUAACUCUUACAUAGAUUAUGAGCUUGAAAUAUGUUGUCACGAGAAAGUUUACAAAUUAAAAGACAAAUACAAAUGUUGUGGAGAACAGUACAUAGACUCAAGAAAAAAACAAUGUUGUGGGGGUAAAAUAUGUCCUUUAAAAGAGGACAAAAGUGAAGAAGAAGAUGAUGAUUUUGUUAAUUGUGAAGAAAAGGAAUACAAGUACAAGCAAGGAUUUAUAUGUUGUGGUAACUCUUACAUAGAUUAUGAGCUUGAAAUAUGUUGUCGCGAGAAUGUUUACAAAUUAAAAGACAAAUACGAAUGUUGUGGAGAACAUUACAUACACUCAAGAAAAAACCAAUGUUCUGAUGGUGAAAUACGUCCUUUAAAAGAGGACAAAAGUGAAGAAGAAGAUGAUGAUUUUGUUAAUUGUGAAGGAAAGAAAUACAAGUACAAGCCAGGGUUUAUAUGUUGUGGAAACUCAUACAUCAACUAUGAAAGUCAAAUAUGUUGUCACGAGCAUGUUUACAAAGUCAAAGACAACCAUGAAUGUUGUGGAAUUUUUUACAUUGACUCAAGAUCCAAACAAUGCUGUGGACAAAAGAUUCCCUUCUCUAACAGCUCUCAGUGCAGGAACAACAAGGUAAUUCCAAAUGCAAGCAACAAGCCUAAAAUUAAUUUAAUGUGCAACUCCAGAAGUUUGAAAAACAUUGAUCGUCUCUUGAUGUAUGCAUGCACUAAAAAAUAUGCCAUACAAGCUACGGUCGAAAUGCCCAAGAGGAAGAACCGAACUCUCAAGAUCAAAGUAAAAAACAUUGUUGAUCUCAAACAAGACAAGUCAGCUUCUAUCUGGCAUAGCUAUAAGGACAUUAGUGUUCAGAUCAACAAUUACAAGGGUAAAAGUUUACAGUGUGAUAGGAAAAGUUUGGGGCAAGUGUUUAUAUUCUUUGAUGAGGCUAAAGAUGCAGCUGGGGUUAAAGUCAUAAAGAAAAAUUCCAAUUUUUUUAUGUUUGCUUACAGCAAACGACAAAAAAGUUUAUUAAUGGAAAGCUUAAAAGGAGAAUAUUGUUUACAUUUUUCACCUUCAUAAAUUAACUGGACUAAAAUUUCUUAGAAAAGAAAAGAUUUUUGAAGACAAAAAACUAUUACUUAAUGUAAUGUUUUACUUAAUUGCUCUGAUGAUGCAGUAUUGCUCUGAUGUGACAUCACUGCUCUGAUUUUGUGAUGUCAUGGCUCUGGUGAUGUGGCAUUAGUGUUCUGAUGUCAUUACUCUGAUAGUGUGAUGUUUUAAGAACAUGCUUUAGAAUUUUUGAGAGGCAGCAGUGGCUAACAUGAUCUCUAGUUCAUCAUGGUUGCAUACAACAGCUCUUUUGUUUUGAGUGUGUGUAUAAAUUUGUAUCAGUUUGGCUUAUUGUUAUUAAAGUUGAAACAGCAGUUAAAAUUAUUUAAUUUUUUUACUGAUAUAAACCAUAUUGUCUUCGUUACUUCUUUGCAAAAAUGAAUCAAUUCACAUUUUUUUUAAAAAUGUAGUUAAAAUUAGUUGUUGCUUUGUUCUUUUGACUGAUCUGCUUUUGUUCUGUUCACAAUUAGUAUGUAAAGUGAAGACAAUAAAACAAUGACCAAGUGAGCAAUUCUGGGUUUUAAAAUUGCUGUUUCUGCUCACCAUAAGCAUGCAGUAAAAAACCUGACCCAAGUAUAACACUGACUAUUACUUGAGAAUAAUUUCUCUUUUGCAGCUAAAUAUUGCAUUUACUGUUAGUUAACUGUGUGGUGCUUUCAAGCUUGUGUAAGAAUUAAAAUUGCUAAUUGCAAAUUUAUAGAUUUAGAUAAUGCUUGCCUUUAAAUGUUAGAAUUUUAAAUUUGUAAAGAUUGAUUGCAAAUUUAUAGAUUGAUAAGAUGCAAAAUCUUUGUUUUUAUGCUUAUAUUUGUAAGAAUUAUUUCUUACUAAAGAAAAUUCAAAUCUUUUAUUUGAAUCCUAAUAAAAGUAAUGGUUUUCAAGAUAAUGUAUGUAGUAUGUAAUAUCUAAAUAAUACAUUACUCUAAGAAAGAUACAGAUUUAUGAACUUUUCCUCCUUAUUAAAAAUAUGUUGGUUAUAAAUGAAGUAAAUGUAUAAUUUUAACUGUUUAUGAUAUGAAAAUGAAAAAUUGAUGCAUAAUAAGAUAAAGGUAUUUAAACCCAUGUCCAUUCAGUAUAAUUAAAACAUUUGUGGAGAAAAAAAAAUGUCCAAUCAUUAAAAAAUAACAAUUGUAUUGUUUUAAGAUAAAUAUUGUAUGUGUGAUUAUUCUAUUGAAAUAAUAUUUUAGUUUCUUUUAUUAAUAUAUUUUGUAGUAUUUAUUGUAAUUGGCUGUCUCGCAAUGCAAGUUUUAAUAGUUUUAAUUAAAUAGUUUAUAUUAAACUUUUAAUUGAUAAAGAAAUGCUUUAAGUGUGUGCUGAACAUGUAACAAUGUAUAUCUGAAUAAACAAUAGAGAGGCUUAAGUCUAAAUUUCAUACCAAAGAGCAUUAUCAUUUCAUUUUCAUGCUAUUUAACAAACAAAUUUCACACAGGUCACAUAUUGUAAUGAUGAUGUUAUUAAAAAGAGUAUUUUUAUU